AUGGAAAUCCUGUGCAACGCGCGGGACUUCAUGAUUCCGAAGUUAUUCAUGUCUAUCAUUCCCGCGGUUAUAUCUCUGUAUUGGUUUGGUGAUCUCCCGGAUUCCGCUUCAUCGAUCAGGCUGCGCCGAUUGGACAGCAAUUCUAUUUGCUCCAUUCCUCUGAGUGACCUCUGGGGCCCAAAGCUUCCUGACCUACCGAGCGUUAUGGACACGUUCAAAUCGGGAGUCACCACCAAUGAGACUUGCGGCACGUGUCGGAGCAGCGUGCAAGCUUUCAAAGUCGCCCUCAAGUCCUACAGCAAGACCGACUUGGCGAGAUGGGGAAAAAUCGGCUGCAAUACAUUCGUCAGCGAUUUGACGGCGCCUGAAGUUUGCUUAGGACUUCUGAGAAACUACAUAGACAUUGUGCACCACAUAGCUGAGCUGGUGGUUUACGAGAAAAUUUCUGAAAGCGAUAUUUGUUCGCUAAUUUUCGGCCCUCGAUGCGGCGAGAUAUCGGCGCCGACACACAUUUGGGAGGUUGUCCUUCCGCCAGCUCUCAAGAAACGGCCAAAGGCCCCACAAGCCGCGAACAACAUCAAAAUUCUCCAUUUGUCUGACUUCCAUUACGAUCCGCGAUAUCGAGAAGGAGCCCAAGCACAAUGUGAUCUGCCGCUGUGUUGCCGUGAGCCACCCGAGGAGACCGAAGACCCGAUGGGUAACCAGUCAAUGGCAUCGCUUUCCGGCCGCUUCGGAGAUCUGCGUCACUGUGAUAUGCCUAUGGAAACAAUCGAAAGUCUCGUGGAUGACGCCGUCAAUCUCACCGUAAACCUGUCCCACAUUUAUUUGACGGGCGACAUCCCGCCACACGACGUGUGGAAGUCCGACAAGCAAGAGUACUUCAACAUCACAAAGGCCGUCUACGAUCUUCUGAGAAACCGUUUCUCCGUGAAAGUGUUCCCAGUCAUUGGGAAUCAUGAGGCUGUGCCUCCGAACAUGUUCUCGACAGAACGCGGAGCCUUGCCGACGUUGCGUGAGACCCCGGAGCUGUACGCGAAUCUGGCGUCCUUCUGGUCGCCUUGGCUAGGAGAGGAACAAUCCCAAACGAUUCGACACGGAGGAUAUUAUGCCAUAUCGAUCUCGCCGGUUUUGAAAGUUAUCGCUCUGAAUACGAAUUUCUGCUACUACCUCAACUUCUGGCUCCUCGCGGACUCGAGGGAUCCCGCCGGACAGCUGGCCUGGCUUGUGCGGGAGUUGCAGGACAGCGAAGUCAGAGGUCAGAAAGUUCAUCUCCUGGGACAUGUGCCCCCAGGAUCGUUCGAUUGUGUUCAUACCUGGAGCGCCCAAUUCCUGAGGAUUGUCGAGAGAUUUGGCUCGACGAUCACCGGUCAAUUCUAUGGGCACACGCACUACGAUGAGUUCCGAGUGUUCUAUGGAGCGAAUCGCGUUACGCCAGUUGGAGCAGCUUUCAUAGCACCCAGUGCCACAUCGUAUUCUGCCGUGAAUCCGGCGUACAAAGUAUUCACUUACCGUGAACAAGGCGUCCUCCUGGACUCCGUUACUCGAACGUUCAAUCUAACGCGAGCGAACGAAGAAGGACGAAUAGAUUGGGAGACCGAGUACGAAUCUCGGCUGAUCUAUGAAGUUAAUGAUCUCUCACCGGCGAGCAUGGACGCGAUCUCGAGGAGGCUCAGCCAAAACCCCGAUGUUUUCCAGAACUACUACAGAUUUUAUCACCGAUCCAGUCCAAGUGCCACAUGGUCGGAGUGCGCGACGCUCUGCCAAGAAUCCAUCGCGUGCUCGACGAGAACAGAUGUGCCACACGAUAACUCAGCUUGCCUCAACGCACACCCCUCAAGAGAGGAUAGAUGAGAAAACGAUAAUAAUAAUCAUCUCUGGUCAGCUGCUCACCGUUGAACAUAUCUCAUCAUUGGCCAACUUUAUAAUAACGAGCAAUAUAUCCUGUCCGAAAGGACUAAAUCGAGCUGUGUACAUAGAAUCAUUAGGUAUGCUGACGAU